ACAUUCAUCUACAGACCAAUCUUCUACUCAGAAUGCCAUUUUAACUCUAUAGAAGUAUUACUCCGUAAAGCAGGCCUAGAUCCUCUAAACUUGGAUGAUUCAAACUCGACUAGGGUACGACGUUUUGAGAACUAUAUUGACUAUGAACGGAACACUUGGAAAUGACCUUGAGAAGCAAGCCAACGAGGAGCAGCAACAAAUUGAAGUUAUGGAUACGAUUGCCAGACACCCCACGGUGGCUGUUCCGUAUCUGGAUAAGAAGUUCCCAAGUCCCAUAGAAUCCUGGCUAUGCGUCAUUGGUAUGGUAACUGGUAUGAGCCAGUCGUGGUGGGUUGGACCUAUUGCGCUGCGCGCUGGUUCUGCGCCCUUCGGCGGCGAUCUGGGCUUUGAGUUGGGCUUUGGCUUCGCCUCGGCCUCGUACUGUGUCUUCCGCAUGGUUGAGCUGCGCGUCUUUAAGCGCUAG